GAGGAGAGCAUAGCAGCAGGAGCAGCGGCGGGAGGCAGCACGGCGGACCGAGUGGCUCGAUAGUUUUAACUGCUGUUGGUGAUUUAAUAUCGAGGAGGACGAAAACAACAAAGAAAACCCGUAGCUCGUCUUACUUCGAAAAGGAUACAUCAGAUUUCGUCCAGGCAGGAUGUGUACUCCGUGCUGUUUCGCUCAGCUGGCCUGUUGCUGCGGCUCAGCGGCCUGCUCGUGCUGCUGCAGCUGCUGCCCCAGGAUCAAACAGUCCACGGGGACCAGGUUUAUGUACGCCUUGUACUUCCUGUUGGUCACCAGCAUCUGUAUCAUCAUGAUGUCCCCCACUGUGGAGGAGGAGAUGAAAAAGAAUAUCCCCUUCUACAACCAAAUGUGUGAGAAGAUGAAUGCAGGGGAAAACUGCAAAACGCUGGUUGGAUACUCGGCUGUCUACAAGAUGUGUUUUGGAAUGGCCUGUUUCUUCUUGUUCUUCUGUAUCUUCACCUUACGAAUCAAUAACAGCACGGGCUGCAGGGCGGCCAUACACAACGGGUUCUGGCUGCUGAAGUUUAUUCUGCUGGGGGGUUGCUGCACCGGAGCCUUCUUCAUCCCACAAGAGGAAACCUUUUUGGAAGUUUGGCGCUACAUCGGAGCCGUAGGCGGCGGCUUGUUCCUGGUGAUCCAGCUCUUGUUGUUGGUGGAGUUUGCUCACAGAUGGAACACAAACUGGAGUUCAGGUGUGGAGUACAACCGUCUGUGGUACGCAGCUCUGGCCUUGGUCACCCUGGUUCUGUUCAGCGUCGCAGUGGGAGCRGUGGUCUUUAUGGGGGUGUUCUACACACACCCCGAGGCCUGUUUACUUAACAAGAUAUUCCUGGGCAUCAAUGGCAGCCUCUGCCUCAUUGUCUCGCUCCUCGCCAUCUCCCCCUUCAUACAAAAAUUGCAGCCCAAAUCAGGCCUGUUGCAGCCAGGAGUCAUCAGUGUGUACGUCAUGUACCUCACCUUCUCAGCCUUCUCCAGCAAACCAAAAGAAAUUUUAGAGCUAGACGGUAAGAACGAAACCGUGUGCGUGUUCCCCCUGAACUCCGGGUCAGAAAGCGACAAGCAGAUCGUCACUGCAAUCGGAACCAUUAUCCUGUUUGCCUGCAUCAUUUACUCUUGUUUGACCUCCACCACUAGGCGAAGCUCUGCGGCGCUCAGAGUGUACAGGGACAGUGAGCCAGAGACUGAGAGAGCUCGCUGCUUUUUCUGCUAUGGAGACGACGCAGAGGACAACAAUGAGGAGAAAACGGGUUCGGGUCAGAACGUGGUAUAUGACGAACAGGAAGGAACUAUCUACAGCUAUUCCUUCUUCCACUUCAUCUUCUUCUUGGGCUCUCUUUACGUCAUGAUGACCGUCACCAACUGGUUUCAUUACGAUGACCAUAAGAUCGAGAAGCUGCUGGACGGAAGCUGGUCUGUGUUCUGGACCAAGAUGGUCUCCUGCUGGGUCUGUCUCUUCCUCUACAUCAUGACCCUCAUCGCCCCGAUGAUGUGCCCGAAGCGCUUCGAGGCCUAAAAUCAGCCAUCCUUACAGAAGUGUCCACCUGUCCUGCUCUGUAGGAUGUGGGCCAAGGGACCACCAUACUUCCCCUCUUUACCUUUAAACGCAACCCCACUCUACCCUCAAAUAUAAAAGAAGGAUUAUCUGUUGCCUUUUGUUUUGUACGUUACAGUCUUUGUUUUAUGAUGUUAAGCUGUAAAUACCUUAUUGGUAAAAUUUUUUUAAUUUAUUUUACUACCACUGACUGGAGUUUUGUAUUACUUAAAGGUUUGAAGUUAAAUAAAUAAAAAAAUGUAGGAGCUGAGUUACAUCCCUGAAAACUUCUGACUUGAAAGUGAACGUUUAUAGAAUUUUUUUUUUUUAUUGAAUUCCCCCCUUUUUUUUUUUCCUUUUCUCAGCCAGGUAUUUCAGAUCUGUGAAGUCAAACCAGAAGUUUGUAGCAAAGUUUUGGGCCAAACCUUUUUGAGUUUUGGGCCAAAUUUACUUAAAAAGGAAAAAAAAAAAGAAAUGUAUUUAUUAAAGCGUAAACGAAAUCGGAUAUGGCCCUAACUUUGUUCAAAAACUCAUUUCUCAGGCUCGUGUUUAAGCUCUAUAUGUUGACGAUUUUAUAUGUUGUUUUGUAGUUUUCUAUGCAACAGAAUGAGAGCUUCUUAGUAUUAAUCGCCUCCUGUUGUGAAGUUCCCACCUAGAUAACAAAAGUAAAGUUUUAUUAUUGUCUGUGCUCCCUUUGAGCCAAUCUUUUUCUUGGAGUUCACGUCCUUUCUUGCAUCGUCAUUGUGCAGGGCAGCACUCCUUAAAUCAGCCUGCCUUUAGUGAGUCUGACUUCAGUGAAGUUCCACGUCUCUGGAAGAGGUCCACCAACUCAACGCUGCAUUUGCCAAAGGUAGACGACAGAAAAAAUGAAAACUAUUCAGAGUAUUUGAUCUACAGAGAAUGACGAAAAGAAGAGCUUUGUGUUUGCUUGCAUUUACACCUAAACCAUUUUUAUUUUCUGUACCAUAAGAAAAUACUUUUUGGGUUUUGUUAGUGUGUCAACAUAUGCUGAUUCAAGUAGUUCAUCAUGGCUGAUUUUAGGUGAUUUAUUCAACACUGGAUGUUGAGUUUACUGCCGUAAUAAUGUCUUUUCCUGUAUUAAUCAAAGUAAACACAGCAUAUUGUACAAGCAGGUCAGUUUUUUAUUGUUUUCCUAACACUUUGGACAGUUAACAGUUUAAUCUGGACAUUUUAUUUAGAUUUUGCUUCUGCUAAAACUGUUGUUUUGUAAAAACUUUGCAAUUUUUAAUAACCACUCUGAAUGUAGAAAUGUACUGGUGCUUUCAAACAAAUGAUAAAACAUUGAAUAUGAUCUGGUAAAGGUUAAAAACCACAGUGAGACUAUCUGACCAAACUGUUUGUGAUACAAAGAUGAAAGGUUACAUGCAGUUCAUGUGGCUCACAUUCUUUCAAUAAAACAUUCAGAAAAGC